AAGUCUUCAGCCGGCGCGGCAAAAACCAAUUCCGAGAAGAAACCGCGCCCCGUGGCUGCGAUCCGAUGGCGAUGGCUCCGGCGGCGGGCGGCACCGGGGCGCACCAGUUCCUCACGGCGGCGCUCUCCCAGCGCGGCCCCUCGGCGCUCUCCUACGCCGAGGACGCCAAGUGGCUGAUCCGCAACCACCUCCUCGCGCUCGCCGACGCCUUCCCCUCCCUCCGCCUCCGGGCCGCGCAGCCGCAAUUCACCACCCACAACGACGCCGGCCGCCUCCUUCUCCAGGCCAUCGGCACCAUCCCGAUCCUCCACGCGGGGGCCUCCUACAACCUCCCCGCCGUCGUCUGGCUCCCCGAGCGCUACCCGCGGUGCCCGCCCCUCGUCUUCCUCUCGCCGACCCGCGGCAUGGUCGUCAAGCCCCACCACCCCCUCGUCGUCGACCACCGCCGCUCCGGGUCAGGGCUCAUCGCCGUCGACGCCCCGUGCCUCCGCUCCUGGGUGUUCCCCUCCUCCAACCUCCUCGACCUCGUCCGGUCCCUCGCCCGCCUCUUCGGCCUCGACCCGCCCCUCCUCGCCGCCGCCGAGGAGGACGCCGCGGCGGCCGAGAUCUACCGGCGCGACGCCGCGGCCAUGGCCUGCGCCGACGCCGACGCACUCCACGCCGCGAGCGAGGCCGAGGUGGACGCGCUCUUCGCGGUGCAGGCCGAGCUGCGGCUUCGGGGCCGGGCGGUGGCCGACGGGGCGCUCCGCGAGGCAGGGGAGGAGGUGGAGAAGCUCGAGCGCCGCCUACAGGACCUGACGGUGGCCGCGUACGCCAUGGAGGACUGGGUCGCGGGGAACGCGAGGACGGUGUCCGCGGCGGACGACGGCGGCGGUGACGCGGCGGGGCGUUUUCGGCCGGCGGACGUGGUCUCCCGGCAGAAGCUCGAGUGCGCGGCCAUGGAUCUGGCGAUCGAGGACACCAUCUACGCGCUGGACAAGGCGGUGCAGGAAGGGGCCGUGCCGCUCGACGGAUACCUCAGGAGCGUGCGCGUCCUGGCGCGGGAGCAGUUCUUCCAGCGCGCGCUGUGCUCCAAGCUUUGCUCCUAGGAUAUAUACAACCGUACUGCUUUGUAGUUAGAGAUUUUGUGUGUGAGUGUGUUUGUUGAGGAUCCUGAUUUUGAGGCUGGUCAUAUAUGCAUCUAGGGUCAGACAGACGACGCAUCAUCGUGCUGCUCAGGGUUAAACUAUAGAAUUGAUCAUAUAAACAUGCAUAAGGAUUUCGAA